UUUGUAUUGAAUCAUCAAAAAAAUUAACAGAUAUUCCAGAUCUCGGGGUAUAAAGUAAAUAUUUAUUAGGAAAAAAACUAUUUAAUUGUGUACCUAAUCAAAGACAUAAUGCAAUUUCCAAGAUCAUGCGAUACCUUCGUUGUGCUGCCACCUUUAACAAAAAAUGGUGUAGUUAUAUUUGGGAAAAAUUCUGACCGCCCUCAAAAUGAAGUUCAAGAAGUAGUAUACAUUAAGGGUGGCUCUAGAGAACCUAAACUGAAGUGUACUUAUAUCACGAUUGACGAGAGUCCGAAUCCGGUAAACACCGUUAUUUUAAGUAAGCCGGCUUGGAUGUGGGGUGCUGAAAUGGGUGCGAAUGAUAGAAAUGUUGUGAUCGGCAAUGAAGCUGUUUGGACAAACAACAAUGAAGGGGAAGGAGACCCGCGGCAGAAACGACUACUAGGCAUGGAUUUAGUAAGAUUGGGUUUAGAAAGAGGCAACACAGCAGAAGAAGCAUUGGAUGUAGUGACUUCACUGCUGGAAAAAUAUGGCCAGGGUGGGCCAUGCUCCGAAAAUGAUGACAGUCAUUUCUACCACAACUCAUUCCUCAUAGCCGACACCAAAGAAGCAUGGGUACUGGAGACGAGUGGAAAACAAUGGGCUGCUGAAAGAAUUGAGUCGGGAUACAGAAACAUUUCUAAUGGAUUAACUAUUACCACAAAGAUACACAAAAAGUCAGCAGGUUUACAAGAAAAAAGUAAAUCUUUGGGGUUAUGGGAUGGCCAGAGUGAAUUUAAUUUCACUAGAUGUUUUUCAUCUGGAGGAGAUGAAGUGAGACAACAAGAAGGAGAAAAACUGUUAAAACAGGCAACAUCUGAGGCAAUGUUUGAUGUCAGAGAUAUGUUUAAUAUCUUAAGACACAAGGAAAGUCAUAUUUGUAGGAGCUGUGAUGACACUUUCCCUACUCAAGGGAGUCAGGUGUCGAGUUUGUCAGCAACAUCCCCAAGUGUGCAUUGGUUCACAGCAACACCCGACCCUAGCAUUUCAUUUUUCAAGCCUUUUGUCUUUACACCAAAUGCCAAGACUUCUGAUUAUACUGUCAGUCCAAAGGAGCUAAAAAGAGAACAUCAUCUGUACAAGCUGCAUUCCAAAAACUACUCAUCUGCAAAAAAUGACGAAGUCUUGAAAAUGUUGUGUGACAUGGAGAAGCACUGGCAUGCUAAAACAGAAAAAUUAACAAGAAAAAUAGAAUCUGAUCAAAGCUCUCUUGCAGAGCUAGAUAUUUUGAUGAAAGAAUGUGUGGAGAAUGAAAUUAGAUUAUAUGAAUAAAAUCAAGCAUGCCCCAUAAUUUACUAGACAACAAUUGUAGUAUGCAAAUUUAAUGUUACUUGAUGAAACAUAGGCAAUAAUGUUACUUGAUGAAACAUAGCAACAUGGGACUUACAUUUAACAUCAUAAAGUCAGAUUGCAUCAUCUCGAAAAAUUAUUGAGUCACAUGUUACACCUGUUGUCUAUAUAGUACUUGACUUCAAGUAGAUACUGCACUUUAUAGAUGCUACAGCUCAAUUACAUUACAUUAUACUUUGUCAAUUAAAGUUACCUAAAUUGAUUUAUUUCUAUUUUAAAAUUUAAUGCAGAACAUAUUUAUUAUUCACUUUACAUACUAAUAUUAAAAAAAUGUAUAAGCUUACAUAAAAAACACAUAGUAUAUACUCUGACGGUGCUUUCUGAUUUACAUGGAUGCAUGUUCGGAUGGAAUAUUUUCCAUCCGCAUCCGCGUAAAACAGAACAAAUAUAUAAAAUUAAUUGUACCUGAUAUGUAAGGAGAGAAAGUAAUAAUUAGCGAGUUGUAGUGACAUUAACAGAAUGUAGACUUAAAUGGGAUAAAUAUUAACAUCACCUAAGAACACUCACACUGUUAGUAGUGAAGUAUUAUAGGUUCCAUUUUAAACUUAAGAGACUGGGUUUGAGAAGGAAGGAAGUUUUUGGAAACGCUAGAGCAAAUCUGCCAUUUCACUAAUGUAACAAAGACUACUUAACGAAUUUACACUAUGUAAACACUAAAGAUCUGUAAAAUUGUAUGUUAUAUAUUAAUAAUUAGCAUUAGAUCGCGGCUCUGGCGAUCAGCGGUCAGCGGUUACUUUCACAUUAUACUUGGCGGAUAAUGUGUACACAGUCUAGCUUUUAUUCUCAAUGAUUAAAUCACGAAUACCUUCCGAUAUGCAUCACAUACCACUCAAAUCACACUUUAUAAUCAUAUGCAAUAAAAACAGCUUACAAAUUAUAUUAUUAUUGUGUUAAUGUGUUA